AGGUUGAGCUGCCUGUGCUCAUGAUUAGACGCGGGGCGUAGUUAAUUGCGGCAGUUUUCAGCUCAUCUACCUUCACCGACCCCUCUGUCUCUCUCUCAUGACUUCCUCUUAAAUGGUCCGAGCCCCCCCCCACCCGUCUCCUCCAUAUCCGUACCGUAGAGAGCUCCCUCUGUGCUCUUCUUCUUGGAUUGUCCGCCAUUUCCGAAUCGACCCUUAACCGAAAAACACCGAACCCGACAGCACAUCCCGCACACCCUCCCCCCCCCCCCCCCCAACCUGGGCAUCUCUUUAUAAAUUCUCCGCUUGCCUUCACCGAACCCAUCUCUGAUUUCAGCCAUGGAGGGCUGCUUUCUCGACAAGCUAAAGGCCCAGCCUUUGUGGGUCCUCGUGCUGUUCGGGUUAGGAUCCAUCUCCGUGCUGCGCCUCUCCCUCGCUUUCCUCAACUGGGUCUAUGUCAACUUCCUUAGGCCCGGGAAGAACCUCAAGAAAUACGGGUCGUGGGCGGUCGUCACCGGCCCCACCGACGGAAUCGGGAAGGGCUUCGCCUUCCAGUUGGCCCGGAAGGGGCUCAAUUUGGUCCUCGUCGGCCGGAGCGUCGAGAAACUGAGGGACGUGUCCGAUGCGAUUCGGGCCAAGUACGGGAACACUCAGAUCAAGACCGUGGUGGUCGACUUCUCGGGAGAUCUCGACGACGGGGUCUCGAGGAUUCAGGAAGUCCUCGAGGGGUUGGACGUCGGGGUUCUUAUCAACAAUGUGGGUAUCUCCUAUCCGUAUGCGAGGUUCUUCCAUGAGCUCGACGAAGAGCUGCUUCAGAACUUGGUCAAGGUCAAUAUCGAGGGGACCACUAAGGUCACUAAGGUGGUUCUCGAAGUGAUGCUGAAGAGGAAGAAGGGGGCUAUUGUUAACAUCGGCUCCGGGGCCGCCAUUGUUAUUCCCUCGGAUCCGCUCUAUGCUGUUUAUGCAGCCACAAAAGCGUAUAUUGAUCAGUUCUCGAGGUGCCUCUAUGUCGAGUACAAGAGGAGCGGAAUCGAUGUGCAGUGCCAGGUCCCACUUUACGUGGCAACAAAGAUGGCAUCGAUAAGGCGAUCUUCCUUCUUCGUCCCAUCAGCAGAGGGCUACGCUCGGGCAGCUUUGCGUUGGAUUGGAUAUGAGCCCCGUUGCACUCCCUACUGGCCCCACACCCUCCUCUGGGCCCUCGCUUCCUCCCUGCCUGAGUCCCUUGUCGAUUCUUGGAGGCUCGGGUACUGCCUCAAGAUUCGGAAGAGAGGGCAGCUCAAGGAUUCCCGGAAGAAGGAAUAGAUGAUAAAUAGGACUUUUGUUCCAAUUAACUUAAUGAGCAGAUACACGGGCACAAAUUAAUCUUUGUGAUGUUUAUUUCCGGGCGUCGCAUAUUUUUCAUGGUCGUAUGAAUUCGGAGUCCUGAAGACUUUCGCUUUUUUUUCCGCCGUAUUGCGAGUCUCAAACGUUCGAUUUAUAUUGUCAAGCAUUGCGUUUAUUGUUUU